GGCGCCCUGUAGGCAUCUGCCGGUAGCUGGCGGAGAGCCGGCCCGGAGUCCGGUACCGGAGUGCGGGGAUCGCGCUGCCUCUCGGCCCCCAGCCCGAGCCCCCGCCGCUGCGGGAAGAACUGGCACUCGGGCUUCCUCCCCGGGGUUUGAUGAUGAGCCCGCGGCGGGGAUCCGGACCCUCCCCGGCCUCGCCUGUCACCAGCGGCUGAGACUCCCCACACACCAGCGGUAUGGCAUCACAGCUGCAAGUGUUCUCCCCUCCUUCAGUAACGUCCAGUGCCUUCUACAGUGCAAAGAAACUCAAAGUUGAGCCUUCUGGUUGGGAUGUUACGGGACAGAGUAAUAAGUAUUACGUGCACAGCAAAAACAUUCCAGUCGCUCAAGGACACGUUGCAAGUUCAUCUCACCAGGUCCCUAGUUUUGGUCUGCCUGCCUAUGAGUCCAACCUUCUGAUCCCAGCCACUGCGGCAGAACACAUUGUGGUGACAGCAGCAGACAGCACAGGCGGGGGCCCCACCACCUUUCAGAGCAACCAGAUUCUUAAUCACAGAAGUAACGUUUCUCUUCUGGAACCUUAUCAAAAAUGUGGACUGAAAAGAAAAAGUGAAGAGGUGGACAGCAACGGUAGCGUGCAAAUUAUUGAUGAACGGCCACCUCUGAUGCUCCAAAACAGAACCGCGGUGGGUGCAGCUGCCACAACCACCACUGUAACUACAAAGAGCAGCAGUUCUAAUGGAGAAGGAGACUACCAGCUUGUUCAACAUGAAGUUUUGUGUUCUAUGACCAACAGCUAUGAAGUCUUGGAGUUCUUGGGCAGAGGAACAUUUGGUCAGGUUGCAAAAUGCUGGAAGCGGAGCACAAAGGAAAUAGUAGCUAUUAAGAUCUUAAAGAACCACCCCUCCUAUGCCAGGCAAGGGCAGAUUGAGGUGAGUAUACUCUCUCGCUUGAGCAGUGAGAAUGCCGAUGAAUUCAACUUUGUGCGAUCCUAUGAGUGCUUCCAGCACAAGAAUCAUACUUGCCUCGUUUUUGAAAUGCUUGAACAGAAUCUCUAUGACUUUCUCAAGCAGAAUAAAUUUAGUCCUCUGCCUCUUAAAUACAUUCGACCAAUACUGCAGCAAGUUGCAACUGCCCUAAUGAAACUGAAAAGCUUAGGCCUGAUUCAUGCUGAUCUUAAACCGGAGAACAUCAUGCUUGUAGACCCAGUGCGUCAGCCCUACAGAGUGAAGGUGAUAGACUUUGGAUCUGCCAGUCAUGUCUCAAAAGCAGUGUGUUCCACCUACCUGCAGUCACGGUAUUACAGAGCUCCUGAAAUAAUCCUUGGGUUGCCUUUCUGUGAAGCAAUUGAUAUGUGGUCACUGGGCUGUGUCAUAGCAGAGCUGUUCCUUGGGUGGCCACUCUAUCCUGGUGCAUCAGAAUAUGAUCAGAUCCGAUACAUAUCCCAGACUCAAGGUCUUCCUGCAGAGUAUCUUCUCAGUGCUGGAACAAAAACUUCAAGGUUUUUCAACAGAGAUCCUGACUUGGGCUAUCCCUUAUGGCGGCUAAAGACCCCUGAGGAGCAUGAAAUGGAGACUGCAAUAAAGUCAAAAGAAGCCAGAAAAUACAUCUUUAAUUGUUUGGAUGACAUGGCUCAGGUGAAUAUAUCUACAGACCUAGAGGGCACUGACAUGUUGACAGAGAAGGCAGAUCGAAGAGAAUAUAUAGACUUGCUGAAGAAAAUGUUGACCAUUGAUGCGGAUAAACGAAUAACCCCUUUGAAAACCUUAAACCAUACCUUUACCACAAUGACCCACCUGCUUGACUUCCCGCACAGCAACCAUGUAAAGUCCUGUUUUCAGAAUAUGGAGAUAUGUAAGAGGAGAAGUAAUAUGUAUGAUACAGUGAAUCAGAUCAAGAGUCCCUUCACAACCCAUGUUGCUCCAAACACAAGCACAAACCUGACCAUGAGCUUCAACAAUCAGCUGAACACUGUGCACAAUCAGGCUAGUGUGCUGGCUUCCAGUUCAUCUGCUGCUACUCUUUCAUUGGCCAAUUCAGAUGUAUCUUUGCUUAACUAUCAGUCAGCUCUCUACCCACCAUCUGCUGCUCCAGUUACUGGUGUGGCACAGCAAAGUGUGUCAUUGCAACCUGGAACAACACAGCUCUGCACCCAAACAGAUCCAUUCCAGCAGACCUUUAUAGUCUGUCCUCCAGCAUUUCAAGCUGCUGGACUUCAAGCAACUACUAAACAUUCCGGCUUCCCUGUUCGUAUGGACAAUAGUGUUCCUAUUGUACCACAAGCUCCAGCUGCACAGCCCCUUCAGAUCCAGUCAGGCGUUCUUACACAGGGAAGCUGUACACCACUAAUGGUAGCAACUCUUCAUCCACACGUAGCCACCAUCACUCCGCAGUAUGCGGUUCCUUUUACCCUGAACUGCGCAGGCGGGAGGCCGGCGUUAGUUGAACAGACUGCUGCUGUACUGCAGGCAUGGCCAGGUGGAACACAGCACGUUUUGCUACCAUCAACUUGGCAGCAGCUUCCUGGGGUUGCCCUUCACAACUCUGUUCAGUCCACUGCUGUGAUUCCGGAGACUAUUGGAAGCAACCAGCAGCUUACGGAUUGGAGAAAUCCACAUUCCCAUGGGAACCAGUAUAGCACACUGAUGCAGCAGCCAUCGUUGCUUGCAAACCAUGUGACUUUAGCUGCCGCUCAGCCUCUGAGUGUGGGGGUUGCUCACGUUGUUCGACAACAGCAGAAUGUCAGCAUGUUGACAAAGAAACACAAGCUGCAAACCCAGACAAAUACAAAGACACUCUCUGCUUUGGAUGUCCUCCCUUCACAAGUAUACUCUUUGGUUGGAAGCAGCCCCCUUCAUGCCACAUCUUCAUAUAACCAGCUCCUUCAAGUGCAAGAGCAAAGGCAACCCAUUGUAAUCCCAGAUACCCCCAGCCCUCCAGUGAGCGUUAUUACAAUUCGCAGUGAUACGGAUGAGGAAGAAGACAGUAAAUAUAAACCUGCAAGCUCCAGUGCUAAGUUAAGAUCCAACGUAAUCAGCUAUGUGACUGUAAAUGAUUCUCCUGAUUCUGACUGCUCUGUGAGUAGCCCUUACAUGACUGACCAGCUUUCGACCCUUAAUGGAGUGUCUGGAAUAUUUGAUCUUCCCAGUAGCCGUGUAGUCCAGAGCUCCAGUUCCCGCACAAUUAUUGUGCCACCAUUAAAGACCCAGAUCAAUGAUUGUAGUGUGGACAUCCAGCUGCCAGGUAUUGGCAAGUUAAAAGCAUCCACUUCAUCAAAUGGACAAUCAAGUAGCUGUAUUUCCCAAACUGGCUACCAUUCCCACCGUGGGGUAAACGGCGUGCAGCCUCUCAACCUCAGCCAGAACCAGCAGUCAGCCAUAAUGGCAUCCCAGGAGAGAAGCAUGAACCCGGCUCCUCGCAGGCAACAGGCUUAUGUUGCUCCACUACCAUCAAUCUCUCAGGCACCCUUUACGUUCCAGCACAGCAGCCCCCUACAUUCCACUGUGCACCCCCACCUUGCCGCGACUGCCACUAGUCACCUAACAAGCCAGCCUCACAUGUACACGUAUGCCCCAACAACUGCCACGACCCUGGGAUCUACUGCAUCCAUUGCUCAUCUGUUCUCACCUCAGGGCUCAAGACACACAGCAUAUGCUACCCAUCCCAGUACUCUGGUGCACCAGGUCCCUGUCAGCGUUGGACCCAGCCUGCUUACCUCAGCUAAUGUUGCUCCAGCUCAAUACCCACACCAGUUUGCAGGCCAGUCAUACAUUGGUGCCUCCAGGGGCUCUGCAAUCUACACUGGAUACCCCUUAAGUCCAACCAACAUUAACCAGUACUCCUACUUGUAAUGUAUGAUGUACAAGCGUUUUUAGAAGAUGACUGUUAUGUAAGAUUCUCAAGAAGGAAAAGGGGCUUGCUUCUUUAUUGACUGCAUUGUUGUAGUCACGUAAGCUUGUUCAGUGUUAACAUUGUAAUUUUUGUGUAUUGCAUAUUUGUAGCAUCCCUUUACAUUACUAGAGUUGGGGGUUCUCUUUUGAAAUGAGUAUAUGUGGACUACCAUAAUCGUGUCCAUUGUCUUUGCUGCAAUUUUUAUUUUGUGUGUUGUGCAAAGUUUGAUUUUUAAUAUUUUUCUUUAUCAGUUGCAUAGUAGUAUUCUAGAUUUGUGUGGCAAACUGAUUAGCUUAUGAUUUUAAAUUGUUUUUAACCUUUUUAUUUUAAAAAUCUUAGUGUGGUUUUUAGAAAAGUGUUUUGUUUUUUGUUUUUCUACAUAUUCUCCCCUUCCCCUAUCACUUGCCUGUGUGCAUCCAUGAGAUAUUCAUUAUUACUUGUGCUAGAUGGAUGAGAGACUCUGGUGUUUUAUGCACUAAAAUUGGUAAACCAUGUGCAUUAAAUCUACAGCUGAGAAUUUGAGGGCAGAGUAUUAGACUGAUUUUUAGGAAUACUAGAAAGCUAUGCGAAGGGAAGACGUUCUCACCUGAUCCAUAGAAGUCCAUUUGCUAGCUAUGGAUCAGGUGAAAACGUCUUCCUUUGAGAAUUGAGGAGAGAUUUAUGAAAGUAGCAAUCCUCCUGGAAACCAGACUGUUCUGCAGGUUCUUUACAUUGGUGAUUACACUAUUUUGCAAAACAUGGCAUAUUGGUAAACCAUCCCCUAUGACUUCCUGACUUCUGUAAAUAGAGAUGUUUGACUAACUUAACAAGACAUUUAGUGAACAGACUCCAUAGUUCCUCAGCCGUCUAGCAUCCCAGGUUAAAAUGUAAGAGCUGCUUAAUCAAAUUGGAUAGACUCAAAGUGACUGCACCAUGCAGUGCUAUUACUAGCUGUGGAAGGACUUCUUUAAUUAGAUAGUGUUACAAAAGAAGUCCUCCUUUUUAAGAUUGAGGGAUUCUGAUAUUUUAAAUCAACUUGUGUGGGACAAACGUUCACCAAAAAUAGCCAUUUUUCUGAUAUGGGAAUCAUGGGAUAUACAAAUUCUCCAAACUAGUUCCUAGAAGACUCUU